CGGGGAUGACAAAUAUUAGAAUUUGCGAAAAGGGCAGAACGAUCAUAGGAGUUCAGAAGUAACCAAAACCAGCGCGAAAUAAACCCUGGCGGUUGAGAUGGCUGAGAAAUUGGCUCCAGAGAAACGCCACAGCUUCAUCCAUAACGGUCAAACUGUAUUUGAAUGGGAUCAAACCCUAGAAGAGGUCAAUAUCUACAUCAAUUUACCCCCAAAUGUUCACUCAAAGCAAUUUUAUUGCAAGAUUCAAACCAAACAUCUUGAAGUUGGCAUCAAAGGCAAUCCCCCGUAUCUCAAUCGUGAGCUCUCCUGCCUAGUGAAGACUGAUUCUUCCUUUUGGACUUUAGAGGAUGGUAUAAUGCACAUAACACUGCAAAAAAGGGAUAAGGGUCAGACAUGGUCUUCUCCUUUAUUGGGUCAGGGACAGUUGGAUCUUUACUCCUCUGAUCUCGAACAGAAGCGGCUCAUGCUUCAGAGAUUUCAGGAAGAGAAUCCAGGUUUUGACUUCUCCCAGGCACAAUUUACAGGGAGCUGUCCUGAUCCUAGGACAUUUAUGGGCGGAAUCCGCAUUGGUUGACAAUGUUGAUGUGCUAGAUGAAUGGGACUGACCCCUUUCCAAUAACUAAAACAAUCAAUCAUGCUUGUCCUCUGUUGUGCUUCUUUCAUCUUCAUGGUUCGAUUUCGACCAAAAUUAUGGCAAUAUCUGUAAUAAGCACUGUAAGGUUUGGCCAGUUGUUUGUCCUGCUUAGAGUUACUUGUUUAUGAGUGUAAAGCUUCCCCCCCCACACACCCCACCCCCUCUCUCCAAGAUUUCUUUAUUUUAUAGCUAUGUGUCCUUUCUUAAGUUUCUUGUCCUAUUUUCUGGGGCAUGGUAAAUUAUACUUAUUCUGUCAGAAAUCAAAAUCUCAAGCCAGCUUACUAGAGUUUAACCAU